UUAUUUCGUCAAAGAAAGAGGCGUGUCCGUACAGUCAGAGCGUGAGAGACCAGCUGGAAGCUGUGCUUGUUUUCUAUCUUUUUUUUUCAUUUUUGUUUUAAACAUAGCUGAUUUUGGGGAGUCUAAAAAUCAGAAAUGGGAGCUUGUUUGGCCUUGUGUUCCGUAGCCAGCUGCGUGUCAUGUCUGUGCGGUUCUGCCCCCUGCCUGCUGUGUGGCUGCUGCCCCUCCUCCAAUAACUCCACCGUCACCCGCAUCGUCUUCUCCCUCUUCCUGCUCAUGGGAACCAUUGUCUCCAUCAUCAUGAUCCUGCCGGGCAUGGAGGCUCAGCUCAAGAAGAUCCCAGGGUUCUGUGUGGAUGGCACCUCCAUCCCUGGCAUACAGAACAAGGUCAACUGUGACAUCGUCGUGGGCUACAAGUCGGUCUACCGCAUGUGCUUCGCCAUGGCCUGUUUCUUCUUCCUCUUCUGCGUCAUCAUGAUCCGUGUCAGAAGCAGCAAGGACCCGCGAGCUUCUAUCCAGAACGGGUUCUGGUUCUUCAAGUUUCUUGCCCUGGUUGGGAUAACAGUGGGGGCCUUCUUCAUUCCUGAUGGGACAUUCAACACAGUGUGGUUCUACUUUGGAGUGGUGGGGUCGUUCGUGUUCAUCAUCAUCCAGCUGAUCCUGCUGAUUGACUUUGCUCAUUCCUGGAACCAAGCGUGGGUGGAGAAUGCAGAAGAGGGAAACCGCAAGUGCUGGUUUGCAGGCCUGCUGACAUUCACAUUUUUGCACUACGCCCUCGCCUUUGCUGCUGUGGUGCUCUUUUAUGUGUAUUACACCAAGCCUGAUGACUGCACGGAGAACAAGGUGUUCAUCAGCCUCAACCUGAUCUUCUGCAUCAUCGUCUCCAUCGUGUCCAUCCUCCCCAAAGUGCAGGAGGUCCAGCCUCAGUCUGGCCUGCUUCAGGCUUCCAUCAUCACUCUGUAUACCAUGUAUGUCACCUGGUCAGCCAUGACCAACCAGCCCAACCGCAACUGCAACCCCAGCCUGCUGAGUCUGGUCACAAACGGCAGCACCACAUCGCCCACCAGCACCCCUGGGCAGACCGUGCAGUGGUGGGACGCGCAGGGCAUUGUGGGUUUAGUCAUCUUCCUCUUCUGUACCCUCUACGCCAGCAUCCGUUCAUCCAAUAACACUCAGGUGAACAAACUGAUGCAGACCGAGGAGGGGGGCGGAGAAGCCGCGGCGAGUCUCCAUGACGACGGUCAGGCGCGCGCUGUUGACAACGAGACAGAGGGCGUGACCUACAGCUACUCCUUCUUCCACUUCUGCCUCUUCCUGGCCUCCCUGUACAUCAUGAUGAAUCUCACCAACUGGUACCAGCCCAAUGCAACCUACCAGGCUAUGGUCAGCACUAUGCCAGCUGUCUGGGUGAAGAUCUCCUCCAGCUGGCUGGGUCUGGCACUGUACCUCUGGACCUUGGUGGCGCCACUCAUUCUUACCGACCGGGAUUUCAGCUGAUUGGCACCGGGGUCUUGACCCACUGCGGGGAGGGGUCACUGGGGAACUGGGAAGUCUUGUAGGCUACUUUGUUUGACUUCUUUAAGAUAGGUUUUUAUCUCAGGAUCUGCUGCUUAUGUUGUUUUUCAAAGUUAAAAGUAGGCCCAGUAUUGCUGUGGUGUUUUUUAAUAGGACACUCUAUCUUCUAUAUUCUACAGCUGUAAAUGGCUUAGAUGACCUUCGGCCUUUUAAAGGUCAUUGUGAUUUGGUGGUUCCAUAGUGUCUUCAUAAGCUCGAUGUUUCUCAUAUUGUCACUCCAAAGUACUUUUUGAAAGUGUGUUAGGGAAAUCUCCUUUCUCGUUUUCCCUGGGCCUUUUUGCUUGAUGAUUUUUUUUUUACAAGCAAAGACCUUAUUGAAAUAGUUGUUUGAGUGUGGACAAUAUGGAUUUAUUGGGAAUUGAAGUUUUUUUCUGUUUUUAUGUUGUAUUUCAUUGAGUGAUCACAUAGAUCGAAAGACGUAUAGGCUAAGGUCUUUCACUCUAGGUCUUAGGUCAGAUCAGAGUAAUUGUAGGUGUUUUUAAUCCUGACUUCUGUCUUACUGUAAAUGAAUCGUUUUCUCUUCUUGUCGAUUGCUGGCUUUGAACUGACAAAUCUUGACAUUUUUCUUUGUGAAUGUGCAGAUUUCUCCCAAGUUAUACUGUAGGGAUUAACAAAAGAGUUAAAUAUUUUUUAUCUGUAUGAAGCACUUGAGCAGUUCUUUGUUGCUCUGAGACAUUUAUAUGCUUCAGAGAUUGUCCUGGUAAUGAUAAUCAAAUAAUAAAAAAGUGUUGGAUAAACAGUCUGCACAAUUUACAAUUAACACUCAAUUUAAAUAGUGAGUUAAAUGAAAGGCCUAUUUUGUCUGAACACUUCCUAUUUUUUUCAACAGGGGACAAGUCUGUCCUAAGCAGAUCCCCAUGAAGGCAGUGUAACUGUGCUGUAACAGUAGCACACUAGGCACUGUUUCACUGUGACAGUACAGCUCUACCUAUUUCUUUCUACCUCUCUUAUACCUGCCCUUCUGCUCCACUGAGCACUCUGUUACACCAUCCUGCCAUUAUCCAGCAUAUGCAAACUUACAUUUUGUGGCUAGUGUUUUUAGCUGCUCCACCAUUUUGUUUUUUUAUUUGUGGAAGAAUAAAGUCACAUGGCAUUUAUUUUGCUGUGAAUCUUGGCUGAUUCAUUGAGGAACUGUUCAGACCAGACCCUGGUGAAACACCCAGUUGCCUGCUAAUGUGUAAUAUAAUUUAGAAGGAAGCAAAAAAGAAGGGUUUAUUUUAGGAUCACCAACUGUAUUUUCAUUGUAUACUUCUGGAGGACAAUGAGGAAGUGCAGACAGGGCCCUCCUGCAUUUGAGGGAGUUCCUCAUGCAUGAUGCUGUUCAUCUCUGGAGAUGUUACGAACUUGGCAGUGAUGUUCCGGAGGCUCCGAGCAAAUUAAAGGAGAGGUGUUACUCUCAUUGAUGUCACUGCAAGGCUGCAGGUGCUAGCUAAACCUAGCGCUUCCCGGGAUGGGGCUGAGCCAGCUGUGCACUUCCGCAGGGGCAAUCCUUGUCACAGCUGGACAUGACCCAGGCUCGAACCCACGACAUCGGGGUCCCGGCGCUCACCCUGGGCUCCGAGCCUGCACCUUUGCUAGUUGAGGCAUUCAGGAGCCCACAGCAAAAACCCAUUUAAAGUGUUAAGAAUUUUGUGACACACUAGCAGAGAGUGGUACUGAAUUACUGUUAUAGUUAUUUGUUUAGCCCGUAUUUUGUUUUUUCCCUAUCUUUAUACAGACAAUGUGCAUGGCUGGAACACUACUGUUUUCACCUUUUGGCCUUGCCCUGUGCACUCUGAAACCUGAUGACUAUGGCAAUUGAUUAUCUGCCUCGUAUUUUGAUUCCUUUUCCGUGCAUAUUAAGGGAAUGGGAAUGAUGCCGUUGGUCUUGUGUUUCCUGUUGAACUGUUGCCGACAACAUUCUUCACACUCAGCCGGUUGGGAAUAUUUUACCUUUUGUCUGGGAAGACCUGGAACAUCCCACACCUGAGUAACAGAUCAGUGGGCUUUCCUGGGAAUUAACAAUACUGCAUGUGUGUAUGUGAUCUCCUUUUAAGUCAAAUUAUAAUUUUACUUUGUAUAGAAGAUUGCAAAACAAUGCUUCCUAAUUGGGCAUGUCUUUAAAUGUAUCCUAUACUAUAAGCGCAUUGGAUUUCAAAUAAAUUUGUAAUUUGCUCAAAAGAUAUUAACAAAGGCAUGGUAUUCAUCAUGUAUUAAUGCUGUCAAUAUCCUAUAAAUGAUGGAAAAUAAUACAGUAUGUGCCUUUUUGUAUACACUUUUAGGCGAUUUUUGUAUUCUGUAUUUUACAGUUUUCACUUAUGUUUUCAAUAAAUUUGUAUUUUUAAUUUUCCAAAACUUGGGGAGUUGCAUCCUUUACAGCUUUUUAUCUAAUAAAUAUAUACUGUCCUGUU